UGCGCCGUGUAUUGUGGGAGAUCCACGUCACGUUCCAGAACCGAGCGUUAUCAGUGAAACCAGGAUGGCAGACGAGGCCACGCGCAAGGCUGUGUCACAGAUCCCACUUCUCAAGACCCACGCGGGCCCGCGGGAUCGCGCGCUGUGGCCCCAGCGCCUGAAGGAAGAGUACCAGGCUCUGAUUCGGUUCGUGGAGCAAAACAAAGCCGCCGACAACGACUGGUUCCGGCUCGAGUCCAACGCGGACGGCACGCGUUGGACCGGCACGUGCUGGUUCGUGCACGAGCUGCUGCGGUACGAGUUCCGGUUAGAGUUCGACAUCCCGGUGACGUACCCGGAAACGGCUCCGGAGCUGGCCAUUCCGGAGCUGGACGGGAAGACGGCAAAGAUGUACCGGGGCGGCCGGAUAUGCCUCACCGAACACUUCGCCCCGCUCUGGGCGCGGAACGCGCCGCGCUUCGGGCUCGCGCACCUCAUGGCGCUUGGGCUCGGCCCGUGGCUCGCGGUGGAGGUUCCGGACCUAAUCAGCAAAGGGCUCGUGGCCCACAAGGAGCGGCCGCGAGAGGCGGCAGAGUGACGUCACAGAGGCUCUUCAAAAUAAAACUUCCAUUUCCACAGCUGGUGUUUGGGUUCUGUUAACGGACGCUCUGCAGGUCAUCCGUGAACCCGAGCCCACAGAACCGAGAAGAAGAAAGUCCAGAAACAAACCACGAAGAAAAGGAGGCACUGAGGAGACUCACCUGUUCCUCUGUGGUUUAUUGGCAGACAGGUGAUUGUUGCUUUGCGCCACGGCCCAGGCUGGAGUGGAUCAGAACCACACCCCCAACCUUCUCCCAAAGCACCACCCACAUGUUCCAUGGCAUGUUCACCAAAUAAAAAGAUUCCUCAGCACUUUGUUCCAGCUCAUCUUCAGGUUCUCCGUUCACAUUUCAGGUUCUGUCAGCAUCACGGUUCCCACUCACAUGUUUAGAACAGUAGGUCCCGAUCCAAGUCUGGGUAUGUCUCCACCUCCCUACUGUUGUCCUGAUCGCACCUGUGACAACAGACGGAGAACAGGUGAGGAACUACAACACCUUUUCUGAUGGUUCCUCCCAGGAUGCCUCUGGUUGUUUACGGUCAAAACCUUCUGCAGAUAAACUUCAAUAAACCAUUAAGCUUCCAGCACA